CAUGCAAAAGAUUUUUAUUACCAUUACAAAUGCUAUAAUAUCAUUUUUCCAAUAUCCUUAUAAGAUAGGAAAACUACAAUAUUAAAUCAUACAAAUGUCUUUUAGUAGAAGGAAUGAAUAGAAUGAGUUCAAACAUAUCUAUAAAAAGAUUGACAAAAAUAAAUACGAUUUUUAAUUUUUUAAGAAUAAAUAAGUACAUACAUUACAUAAUCAUACAUUUUUUUCUUUUUAGAAAGACUAACUUAAAUGAAUAGUGAGUUAAUUAAAGAAUAUAAAUUUCCUUAUUAGUAAAACUGAAAUAAAUUAAUAAUCACAUUUAGAGAACAUAAUUUAUCUACCUAAUAGGGGUGAUGACUGGGUACAGUAAACGAAAUUCUAUUUAGUCCGUCAGUUAGAUGAUCAAAAAAUAAUGGCCACGUAUUUUUUCUUUGGGCAAUCAACCAAAAAAUGACAAUAUUAUAGCGCGUCAAAGUUUGGGAGUAGGGGCUCGUGACGUCACUUUUAAGUGAAAAUUUACUUGUAAAACGUGACGUCAUGCGACUUUUCAAAUCAAUAUAUCUCUGCAUUGUUUAUAUUAAGGGAAAAAAGAAAAAAUACGUGUCCAAUACUUUUUGAUAAUCUACCUGAUAAACGAAGGAAAAAAAUAGUCAUCAUCCCUAUUGUAAAUACGAAGCAAACUACAUGUCCUCGUCUAUUAAAUUCACAAGAAAAUCUUAUUUACAAAAGAAAUACUAGCAUUUUUAAUAUCUGACGUUUUUAAGAAUGGAAUUUGAUAAUCAUCAAUAACUGUUUAAUUUAUUAAUUUCUAAUGAUACCUAAUUUUCGUUCAAGCUUAAAAUUUUUAGUUCUUACGACAUUUUACAAAAUAAAUACUGUAAUGAUAGGUAAUCGAGGCGAGGUAAUGCCUGAUUUUUUUUUACUUCUGAACAAAUAUUUGACAGUAAAUUUCUGCUUCUUCUUUAUUAACAAAUUUAGACCAGGGUCGAUAAUUUUUGAGACCAAAAAAAUUAUAGUAGGAUGAAACCCAUUGGAAAAGGUAGAGAAUAUAACAAAAAUGAAAGGAAAAAUAAAUUACGGGCGAUCUGAGGUCGGGAAGUGGGAGGGGAGGAAGAUAUUAAGUCAAAAUAAGGUGAAAAAAUUAAUAUUUUUAAUAAAAAAAAAAUGCUGUAUGUUUGGGACAUACAAAGGUAAGUGUUCACUAAAUUUCGUUAAAAAAUAUUUUUUUUGCAUAAAAUAAAAAUAAAAAUCCAAAAACUCGGUUAUUCGAUUUUUUCACAUAAAUUUUGAGGUUAUGUGAAAAAAGUGUCGAUACAAAAGAUGUAGAUCUUUUUAUUACCUACAACUUUGCCAUUUAACUUUUUUUCAUAGGACUUUCAGUUUUCCCGGAAAUCGAGAUUAACCGGUUUUUACCCGUAAACAUUCACCCCCUCCCCCUUCCCGACCUCAGAUCGCCCGCAAUUUAUUUUUCCUUUAACUUUUGUUAUAUUCUCUACCUUUUCCAAUGGGUUUCAUCCUACUAUAUUUUUUUUUCACUUUUCACCAUUUUUAAAAUGAUCGACCCUGGUCUAAUUAUAAUUUCAUAGUUUGUACAUAACUAUUUCUUCUAACCCAUCCUCUAGCACAUUCAAUUUGCAUGAUAACAAAUUAUUGGGAACACAGAAGGUUUAACCAUUUUAAUUGUUCAUUUUCUACGUGGAAAUCAUUCUGAACGAGCUUAAAGUAAUAUUUUCAAAAUAACAUUUUAUAAAGUCUUUCGAAGGUAGCUCGACGAAGUAAAUAAAAAUCAUAAUUCUACAGACGACGCAGAAUGAAAAGGCUGCGAAACGUCAAGAAAAAAUAAAUUAACUCAUACAAACCGUUGAAGGUUUGUUUUAUUUGAUUUUAUAAAAAAAAAUAUAAGUUUAAAAAGUAAAUUCUAGAACUUUUUAACGCCUUCAUCAAAUAUAGUUGUUUAUAUCGUGUUUUAGGAUAUCUUGCCGAUGAUCUGUUCCCAAGUUUUGAUCUUCUUCAGGGCGUCCCUCGCUGCCGUAGCCAUCAGACCUUCGGACGAGUGCGCUGGCUCGAAGCCCAGAAUCAAAGCUGCCUCCGUCAGGGUUCGUGAUCCUAAAAUUGAUGAGUCCAGGAGGAACAUACUUGAUCCAGGUCAACGCAGUUUUCACUUUACCAAGAUUAACAAGGACAGGACGAAGCAAAGUACGGUGAAAACAAUUGGAUCGCAUAUCCCGAACUCAACAAAAGCGCAUCCCACACAUCCGCAACGAGUUACGAAAAAGGUAAUAAUACCACGAAGCGAAGAUGUCAAACAAAAUAAAUCGACCCCACGACCAGGUCCUGGUGAAAGCCCUGUAUGGCCCAGAGCACACAAAAGAUACAAAAUACAGGAUGCCCUACGUUCAACUAUGAUGACCUCUCCAGACUCGAUACCUCUGCAAUCAGCAGAAAAGGAUACAACGAAACCUCCACCGAAAGAAUACGAUUUUUUAAGACCAUACACCAUAAAACAACAGCUGGAACAGUUUGCAGCUGAAUGCAAUGACGCAAACAUAACUAUCGAUGUGUUAGGUCGAACUAUUGAGUACCACGACAUAGUUUUAAUGAAAAUAACUGAGAAAAAGCCGGAAGCGGACAGGCACUUCAGAGCCGACGACAAUAAAUACGCAGACGAUGUGCCCGACAAAAAAAUCAUAUUUAUUGUUCACGCCCUUAGUUUGAUGGGCGUCAUGAACUUAUACUGCUUGAAGGAGUUCGAUCAAUUCAAAGUCCUGCUGUCUUACUAUUUCGCACAUUUGGACAAGUUUGACAUAUUUCUCAUACCGUUGGCUAAUCCUGAUGGGUUCAUUGAUGCAAUUACGCACCGUCCUCAUACGAAUAAAAACAAGUCGCCGCAGGCUGCUUGUCCUGGUGUUGCUUUAGACAGAAACUUCGAAGUGGCUUGGAACUACACAUCGUCCAUCAGCUCUUGCAGUUCUCAAUACCCUGGGCCUAAGCCCUUCUCGGAACCAGAGUCCAGGGCCGUCAGAGACGUGCUACACCGCUACAGCCACAAAAUAUUCGCCUACAUUCACGUCCACGGAGGAGCCUACGAUUCUGAUACAUUUAAAGGUGAUGCUGUGUUGUAUCCUAAAGGGUACUCAGAAAGCCAGUCUGAUGACGAUAAAUACAUGGACCUGCGAGGGGAACUUGAUGAAGCCAUGAAGAACGCCAGUUUUCACUUCAUAACCGUGGCGGUGGAACCACUGUACAGUUGGUACGGGAAAGUGAGCGGUACCAGCGUAGACUACGCUUCAUCGGUUUACGGAAUACCAUAUGCUAUGGAGUUUGUGAUGCAACCGUACGUUAAUGUAUAUUUUGAGAAGCUCGGUCUUCAUCCUUAUGAGAAUUCGCAUCGCAUAAGUCGUGCCGCGCUCGAAGAAAUAUGGCAGCGAAUCAUAAAUGUCACAUUCAGCAGUAUGUGGAGAAAUAUGAAGAAUAACGAUAUAUGACCUUGACAAUACAAUCUCCUUUUAAUUAUUGCCUAAAGAUUCAUUAGCUCAAAUAGGUACAAUAUGUUCCAAAAUGUAGAGACGAAGUAAAGAUAACAACUACACCAUGAUUUGAUUGUCUAUAACAUAAUACUAAUUUUGCAUUUGCCUGAUACUAAUGACUUUAUUUUCUUACUUAAAGAUUACGAUUUUCAUUCCAAAUCUAAGUAUUCUAUAAGACUUAUGCUCACAGUCUAAUGCUUUACUUUCGAUUCUCUUUUCUAAAUAUUAAAAAAAAUGUCCAAUUAAAC